UUUCCCCUGAUCUCCAGCCUCCAGCCCAAGUUCGGUCUCAGUGCUGCAUGAACGCACGGAGAGAGAGGGAGUACACUUCCCUCUCCAGCAUCAAACGAGAGGGAUGCGCAUCAUCGCCUUAGGGGACUGGAUGGAUGGAGCGACAGGGUCAUGAAGGUGACCGCAACCUCUGGGUUGGAUUUAGGGGGCCGUUUCCGCAGAAGGAGCCUAUCCAUAAUUAAUAAGAGCGAGUCGGAGAUCCUAGAACCGAAGCGCAACCACCGGCAAGUCAUGUCACCAACUGACAGCGCUUCCAGAGGAGCUGACGAGGAGGACAAAGGAGGAUGAAGGAGGCAGAGGAGGAUUAUAAUGAAGCUGAGUGGCAAAGGACUGUGCACCAUCGUCUCCAGCAGUCUGCUCUUCGUGUGCGCCCUGAGCGCCGUGGUCGUGGGAUUCAAAUGCAUCGCGUUGGGCUCCAGGGUGCGAGCGCACUUCCACCUGGCCACCGCGGCCGGCGCGUUUUAUUCGGGCAUCCUGGUGACUCUCGGGCAGGUCCUGAUGGGGGUGGCGCUGGUCUUUUGCCGAGGCAAUCCCAGGUGUGCGAAUUUCUUCCUCUUUGGGAUCUUAGUGUUUCUUUUGGGGGUCCUGACGGCGUUCUCCGGCGCGGUGGUGGAUGGCGACACGGUGUCCCUAGUAGAGAGGAAGUACGCGCACUAUUGCCAGGACUCUGUGGAUGUAAACCCGGCGUGCGACCGGCUCAAGGUGUACCAGCGGGGUCUGGUGGUCUCCACUAUCCUUAACACUCUGGAGUGCCUCCUGGGGCUGAUGAACCUGGUGAUCAUCAAGCGUUACCAAGCGGCGCAGUUUCACCGGAGACGCCGGGCGCAGAGGCGGAGCGCGCGGAUCGUGCUCAACGAGGAGCGCGACUUCGCGGUCACGGAGUUCCAGCCGGUGUCCUACAUCAACUUGGCGGUGUUUCACGCGUUAAACAAUGCUGACGGGGAGGUGCACAGCCGGGGCCACCCAUCCAUGGAGCUGCCGGGCUAUUCGCCCGCCAAUCCGGAGCUUAAUCACACGUACCCGUUUUCUUACCCGCUUCACAACGAGUUGCCACCUGCCUACGAGGACAUAUUCCCUGGAGAAUCGAGCAGCAAAUAGCAAAGAAGAGGAACCGAGUUGCAGUUUUGCAGUGACAAUCACGCAUUCGGCACGCUGAACUUGGAAUCGACACGAUUAUUUCUAUAUUACGGUGACCAGCUGUUGCCUAAUGUACUUUUUAAUUCAGUGGAGGUUACAGCCAGCGCUCUGAACAAACCCUACAGUUGUUCAUAAACUACAAAACGAACCCAUGAGAAGGUAAACGUACUGAAAGGAUUAAAUAUACAUGAAAAAUUAGUUUUUGACUGAUCGAUUGUAUUCUCAGUUCAUCCCUUGUCUAAAUCCCAAAGGUUUGUGUACAGGAUUCCCAUUGGAAUUUUUGGAAUCUAAAGGAUCCUGAUUUUCUUACAGUACUCCAGCAGGGCACAAAACAAAAAGAAGUUACCAAUUGGGUGAAAAGAACUAAUGAGAAGGUAAACGUACUGGAAGUAUAAAUGAAACCUUUUUCUUUUCUUUUUUACCUUCCUGAUUGAUUGAUUGAUUGAUUGAUUGUAUUCCAAAAUAAUCCCUAGUCAAAAUCCUAAAGGCUUGUGUACAGGAUUCAUAGAGAUUUUUUCCAUAUAAUUGACAAGCACCCAACCAUAAAGGAUGUGUUUUAAGGGAUUUCAACAGGAGGCAAAACAAAAAGAAGUUCAGGACAAAAAGAGCCUUUGAUAAAAGGUAAACUGAAAGAACAUUUGUUUUCUGACUCCUUGUUAAGGUGUGUGAUGAUUUAGAACUAAUCAACUAAAUUGUCCCUGUAGGACAUCAAAAGUAUUCUGAAGGGCCUGCAGUGAGACGUCUUAUAUUCAGCCUUCAUCCCUGAUGUUUCAGACAAAAAGCCACUGCUGCUGGCCACGUUAAAAUGACAGGCGUUACCCAUCGGACAGAACAUUUCUGUUUAGCACUGUUGUGACUGUGGGAUGUUAUUUAUGUUUCUGCAUCAUGUUGUUCCAGAAUAACAGGGGAACAUGCAGUUCUUCUCUUUUCAGCAGUUUAUGCACAGCAUGUCAGUUGUAUGGUUAUCCUCUAGUCUAGUGUAUUCAUUGGAGGUUACCACCAACACUUCAAGCCAUUGAAGUAAACAGAGUGAAAUAAGAGUUUCAUUUGUUUUUUGACCAUCGUGACCAGAUCAACUCUAGUCCAUUUGUACAAAAUGUAUGUUAUAGUCCAACAAAAAAAUGUCCAUCAGGACCAGCAAAAAAGUACCUAACACCUAUCAUUGUCCAGUAGCAAGAAACCUAUGAAAUUCCAAAUAGCACUCUAAGAAUUCCUGUAGGAUUUGUUCUUUAGGAUCAACACUAGAAUUUGAAGUUUCAUUGGGAAUCCUGUACACCGUAUUUUUUGACUAGGGAUGCACAUGUAUUUUCUCGAUGUGGCUCUCUUGUUUUCCCUCA